UUUCGAUUUUGUUCGUUCUGUCGUACUCGGCUGUCUUCCCGAGGCACCUUAUGAUGACUGAUGCGAUAAACGAACAUCGGGAAUGGGUAAAUUCAGUGUUAAUCUGACAAAGGUACAUAUCGGAUCAGGGAAAAAUCUUGGCCACCGAAGAUCAUGGACGCCUCCGAUGAACUAGAUGUGUUUGGUUUUGGAAGCAAAGCUGAUGAAUCAUCGAAGUCAAGCAAGGAACGUCCCGUUUCGCGAGCUGCUCUCGACGAGUACUAUGACACGACAAACAAGCGUCGAGGCGUAGCGUUGGUGUUCUGCCAUAUGAACUUCUCGACUAUGGCCAAACGGAACGGUACCGAUAAGGAUCGCAAUGACAUCUGUAAUUCUCUUUAUGCGUUGGAUUUUGAAGUACGCGUUUUUGACGAUCUGAGCAGAAAAGAGGUUUUGGAGACGCUGAAGGAGGUUUCGCGUGAAGACCACUCGGACAACGACUGUCUUGUGGUAAUCGUGAUGUCACACGGAGAACAAGGUGUUCUCUACGCCAGGGACAAUAAAUACAAUGUGGACUCUCUGUGGAAGAAUUUCGUCGGAAACUCGUGCCCAUCGUUGAUUGGAAAACCGAAAAUGUUCUUCAUCCAGGCAUGUCGAGGAGAACAGUUCGAUGAAGGUGUUGCCUUUGCCGCAAGAGCGGCACCAAAGGACAUGGUUGACUCACGUCACGAGCCGGUCGUGUAUUCAAUUCCGGCCAUGGCCGAUCUUCUGGUGAUGUACUCCACCUACGAGGGGUACUAUUCCUGGAGGAACCCACGGCAAGGUUCGUGGUUCAUACAGUCUCUCUGUAUGGAACUGGAUGAAAAUGGACGGGUACGGGAUUUGCUUACACUGCUGACCGGUGUUACAAGAAGAACUGCCUACGAGUUUCAGUCCUUUGUGCCGCAUGAUGCGAAAAUGGAUUGCAUGAAGCAGAUUCCUUGCAUUGUCUCGAUGCUGACGAAGACUUUCUACUUUACAAAGAAAACUAGGAGUAAGGUAGUGACGGACAUAGAUUAAAGUGAUUGAUGAGUUUGACGAACUUAGCGAAAAAUAUUCAUAGAUUCGGCCUUCAUCGUAAUAAAAUGUGAUUAAAUUAAUCAGUUUUAACAUGAAAUAAAUUAUAUCCGGAUAUUGUACAUGCUGUCCGUAUCACGCAA